CAAGCAGAAAUGUCAAUUCUAACCUUGUUUCUAGUCUUGCUGAUAGAGUUUGAUCAUAAAGCCAAACAAAUUCAAAUACUCGGAUGCUUAUAAAAAGUAGGAAAACACAGAUUCCUAAAAAAAUGGAGAAACAGGAUGACAUUAUUGAUAACGAAGGUGAAAAUGUAAACUUUGCGGAUAAAAGAAACUCUACUAAAUGUGAUGGAGUAAAUAGUGAAGUUGACAGUGACAUUGAAGAUUCGCCGGCACUAUGGGACCGUAAAUUAAGUGUCGAUAAAGUACAAUUUAGAGAAUAUGUUGGAAGUGAGAGUGCAACUUCGUCAGUGGGUGGUAAUGAAGGAGAGCCAAGAGCUGGAAAGGCCCUUGAAGCUCCAAAAAAUGAUGAACAACUCGUUCAUUUGAAUAAUGCUCUUCAGAUUUCCAAUUCCAGUACUCAAGAUAAGCCUUCGAAUGACGUAAUCGAGAUUACUGAUCCCUUAGAACAUGAAGUUGCUUGUCAUGGAAACAGUUCUACUGGGAAUGAGACUAACCUCUUUGAAGAAAAAUCAUCACGGAAUAUGGCCGUAAAAAUUCGGAAACUGGCAACCGAUCACAUUGGUCAUAUUUAUCUACAAGUGAUCAUUGAUAUCCUCACAAUUUUCACUUCAGAAGGGUAUAAAAAUUUACCCAAGACAGCGAGUCAGUUACUAGGAUUUAAUCAUCGAGUCGACUCAAAAUCAAUUAUCAGUUGUAAGAAUCUAUUACGUUUACGUUUACUUGGGAAUUGAGACUGGCUUGGCUAAACGGAUAAAUUCGUAGGUCCAUUCUGAAGACAUCAUAAAAAUUCUCGUCCAUAUUGCUGGAGCUGCAAUGUACCAUUCAUCCACUGAGCAACUGUGGCCGAUUUCAGCCAAAUUGUACCACAAAGAUUAUGAUUGUACUCCAUUCGUCGUUGGCCUAUACUAUGGAAAAGGACAGCCACUACGAGUUACAGAUUAUUUACAUGACUUUGUGGAAGGAGCGAAAAAAUUGCGAACUCCUCACCAUAAUUACUGAUGGCCCUACUAGGGCAUUUUGCAAGUGUUGUAAAGGACCAACAGGUUUUGACGGAUGUGAAAGAUGAACUAUCAAAGACAUCCCUGCGUUCGAUCCAGUAAGAGAUAUGCCUCAGGAAUUUAUACCAUGGAAUGGCAGCCUGUAAGGCCCACUGCAGUCUAUCAGGCCCAUUGCAGCCUAUAUAAGGCCCAUCGCAGCCUAUAUAAGGCCCAAUGCAACCAAUAAGACCCAUUGCAACCAGUACGGCCCAUUGGAGGCAAUAAGGCCCAUUGCAGCCUAUAAGGCCCAUUGCAGCAUAUAAGGCCCAUGGCAGGAUAUAAAGUCAUGGCAGUCUAUAAUGCUUAUAAGGCCCCUCGUAUCGCCGCGUUCACAUUGUAUAUCCUUCAACUCCGGCGGUACGUCGGCGACUGAGGCACCUGUAUACCGAUCGAGAGUGGCAGACCGGAUCACUCCACCAUUACCAUCUGCUGGUUAAAUUUGACACGUAUGCUGAGACGAAACCCAUAAAAAUAAAGUAGUUAAGGUCUUAUGAGAAUAGGCCCCGAGUGCAACCCUCACCACAUGAUACAGUUUUUCAUCUUGUGCUGUACCCAAUAAUCAACGUCGACAGUGUUGAACAAAGUUUUGUGAUUCAAGAAACUUGGGAGAUUGGAUGGGCCCAACGAAUGGCCAAAAUAUACAAAAUACUCACCAACUGGCGCAUCACCCGGGUCUGCCAUUACGUCACCGAUAUGAAAAUUGCUGUUUUGGGAAUUCAACGG